UAGAAAAUAAUUUAACACUGCGUGGGUGAUCAAGCAGGCGUGGCUGCCCAUCUUCCAUCCAUUUUAUUGGAAUAUCAAUAGCCAUGUCGUCUGACAAUUGCAAAAGAGUCCCUCUGCUUUCUAAUGCGGAGAAAAAAGAGGUAGAGUUUUCUACCAAUGCAGCAGUUGAAAAGAAGUCAGCUGAUCCUUGGGGUUUCAAUCCCUCUAUAAACUUUAAGAAGAGGAUUAGAUUCUGUGGUUGCUGUGGCAUGCGGAUACCUUCCAAACUAGCUAAGUCACUGGAAAUCACACUCCUGGUGCUGAUCCUUUUUUGUGUUGUCGUUAUUUCUUUAUCUCUCUUGGUAGUACAUAUUGCAUACAAAGAAUCAUCUAAUGAUUCAAGCUCUGGUUUACAGAACGAGGCAACAUUUCAUCCAGUGUCAGGCCAAUGUCCAGGUUAUGGUGCUUUCAAUAGAUCAUGUGAAGAUAAAUCUAUUGGUAUUGCAAGCAAUGCUUCAUGUGUAGCUGUUAACUAUACUGGUUCAACCUGUAAGAGUAUUCUUCAAGAGUGGCAGUCUUGUGCUAUUGGGACGAGUGAUGGCAUUUAUGUUACCAGUAACUUAUCCCAAACACUUUUCAGCAUAUUGCAAGUACUGCAAAGUCCUUCAGUUAGUGAAGAGUGUAGAUCUGCUGGUAGUGAGUUUGUUUGUCAGUACUCAUUCCCUUUGUGUGACUGUGUAACUGGAAAAGAGUAUCUACCAUCAAGAGAGCUUUGCAAUUACGUCAGUACUCAAGUUUGUAGUGCUGAAUGGCUAGCAGCUAUUUACUUUCUUGGACAAAAUGUUUUACCGGAUUGUUCAGAACUACCUUCUACAGGUAAUUCAAAUAACACGAGCAAUAUUACUUCAAACAGUACAAUUGUUUGUGCUGAGUCUGAUGGAUUUAGUUUAAUUGGUGGUUUCUGUCACCCUCAAUGCGAUAAGUUUCAAACUCAUACACCAAAGAAUGCAUUGAUACAAAAAGCUGCACAGCUAAUUGCCAAUUUUGCUAGUUUAUCUGUUGGAAUUAUAGUAUUGAUCAUUUCUUUUAUUCGCCGGAGAAUAAUCUUAACUUUUCCGUCAAUAUUUUUGGUUUACAUGACAGUUGGAUUGUGCAUACUAUCUGUAUUCGUAUUUGUAUCUGUAAUGGACUUCAAAGGUCUAUACUGCUCCUCUGAAGAUUUGAUAGAAGCUUUUAACAAUCCAACCACUUACUGUAAAGUAACAGGGGCUAUUUUUCACUAUUUUUACUUAAACAUGACACUUUGGUGGUUCUUUCAUGUCAUGUCGAUAUUUUAUAAGGUAAUGUUUCCAGUGUUUGCUAAGGAGCAUAAGAACAAAGACAAAUUUAUACACAUUGUCCUAUUAAUACUAGGUAUUUUAAUUCCUAUUCCUGGUGUAUUGCUGGCACUGACUGUUAAGAAGUAUAAAUCUUAUACUUUGUUCACAUUCCCCUCUUAUGUGUGUGUUCCAAGAAAUGGUGAAUUGCAGUAUUAUUCUCUCCUCCUUCCUCUUGAUGUACUUCUUGGCAUUGGUUUAUUUUGCUUAGUUUUAAUAUUAUGGAGACUGCACAAGCAUCGAACUGCAUUGCUUCGGAAGUCAUCUCCAAUCUCACUGCCUGAGAUAAAGCUGUUAUUUACUCUACUAUUCUUCAGCAUAUUUGGUAUAAUCACGUUGGCUUAUUUUGGUGUAGCAAAUGCAACUCAAGAUAAAUACACAACUGGACUGGAAGAAUACUUUGAAUGUCAAGCAUUUGGAGUUCAUCCUAACGUCACAUGUGAUAAGGAUUUUGAACCAUAUACCUAUCCAAACUUUUUAGCAGUGGACUACCUGCUAUUGGGUUUUAUAACAACGGCUAUUUUCAUUUAUGUCUGCAACUGGAGAGCUGUAGGUAGCUAUCUUUCAAAGCUAUGUUAUCGAAGACGAAACACUUUAAAAUGAAUAUACUAUCAAUGUAGCUCAUAAUUCUAAAUAAUUUUGUAUUACUGCUGUACUGUUCUUUGUGUGUGAGUUAAAAUUAUAGUAGCUAUGUUUUAUAAUAACUAUA